UUGUUUAGCUUUUGUGUUUCUUCAAUAAAGCGUAGGUAACAUUAUAUCUAAUAGGAAUAUGUGUUGUGUUUGUAUUAUAAACAUUUCAUAACGUUAUGAUUUUAUCGGAUUAUAUAUAUUUCUAAUACGAUACGUAUUAUGAGUUGAUAAGUUUCCUUUCACAGCGCAUAAAUCAAUACUGUGCCGAUUUUUUAUUUUUUGUUUGUUUUCACGUAUUAUAUAUAAUAUUGUGGUAAAAAUGGAGUUAUAAGCUUAUUACGGGAUUUUAUGAACAAAUUUUUCGAUAUGGUGUUGCGAUUGUGAAUAGAUAUGCAGUUAAACAAUUGACUCAGUGAUAGAAAAAAAAGGCGCCAAGUGAUAUCGCGCGAUUAAAAUAUAUUUCUUAUUGACGCUGAUAUGUGUAAAUAUUCAUGUUUUCGCUGUACCUUAAUUUAAGGCGAUCGCCUACCGAAUUGAUGUAAGUGGUUUUUCUUAAGGUUUCUUUUAAUGAUAAAAUGAAAAGAUCAAAUAAAACGGUGGUUAAAAACUUUGCUUUAGAUCUCAUUUGCUACUCUUCCUGAGAUGCGGUUGAGAAGUAAAAAAAGGGAGCAACGGCUCUCAAAGAGAACUUCACUGAAACAUACUAAACUAACUCUGAAGUGUUUAACCAAAAAUAUAAGGCCAAGACUAACUCAUCACUGGAAUAAAAUACUGAAUGAUGAUAUUAUUUUAUCUGCAAGUGAAGUCUAUCACUGCACCAGAUCAAAGAGAAAUAUAGAAUCUCACACAGUUAGGUCUAAUAUUUGUAAAAGAAUGGAGAAACCAGUUGAUUGUCAAAAAAAGAGUAAAGAUGAGAGCUCUAAAAAACCACCCUUUCGUACUGUGGUUAGAACUCAGAAUAAAGAUUUGGUUUCAUCUUCAACUCCUACUAAAAUAAAAGUUGAGAAGGGAACAAAUAAAAUUAAACUGAGGGAUGUACGAAUGACUCGAAGUGUACAAUUGAGGCAGAGCUCUUUAACCAGAGAACUACGUAAAACAGAAUCCAUGUCAUCUGCUAUGAGUUCACCUCGAAAAACAAGACGUAUGGAUAAAACUGAUAAAUCAGCAUCAUUGAACAGCUCACCUAUAAGAAAAGUCCGUCAAUUAGGAACUCCAGCACUAUUGAAGUUAAGCAAAAUAGCUGUUAGUUCUACAAAUGAAAGUCCAAAAAAGAAAAUUAAAUCAAAAGUUCAAGAGUCAUUCUCCGAAGAUGAUAUUACUAUGUAUGAGCCCCAUACAACUACAGUAGACUUUCCACAAAAGAGUGAGGAAUCUGACUCUGAUGGUCUGGUAGAUUCAUCAGAACUUUGUCUUCCAAAUGAUUGUCUAAAUGACUUUAUGAACAUCCAAUGUGUACAGUUGAUAAAUAACAGUGUUUCCAGUGAUGAUGAUAUUAGUUUACUUGCUGAUCAAGCUGCUAGAGUUAUGACAACUGAGAGAGAUGAGAGUCAAGUGGAGAAAAGAUUGCAAAAGAGAAGGAAGUCAAGUAACGAUCUAGAAAUGUAUCAGCCCACCUCAACUACAGAUGAUUUAGAUGUUUCUGCUGACUUUCUAACAACUGAUGAGAAAUAUGUUCAGCCAGACUUUGUUUCUAUGUUAGAACAAGAUGUCUAUGUUCAUGAUUCUGAGUGUGAAAUAUCUUCAACAUGUGACCAAGGUACUGCAAUCGAGAGUCUUGAAGCUCUCUCUGCCAGGAGUCCUAGUACAGGCUUUCUUGCUGAAAUAAGUCAAAGUUUGGCUGCGGAAACGACUGCAUGGAAUGCGUCAGACCUAAUAUCGGAUGAGAGCUCAUUGACUUGUCAUGAUGAAAUGCCACCAGAUGUUGAGGAAGGAGUGAAUGUGAUAUCGUCAUGCAGUAACAGAGUUGAGUGUGAACAAAUAACUUCAUGGGCGGAAGCAUUUGAUCCAUAUUUGUUUAUUAAACAGUUACCGCCAUUGGAGACAGUAACUACAGGCGCCUUGAGAGCCCAGUGUCCUGCACUGCCACUGAAGACUAGAACCAGUCCCGACUUUAGUUUGGUGCUUGAUCUGGACGAGACGCUGGUGCAUUGUUCACUGCAAGAGUUGCCAGAUGCGAGCUUCCACUUUCCCGUGCUCUUCCAAGAUUGUAGAUACACGGUGUUCGUGAGAACACGUCCUCACUUCGCGGAGUUUCUCUCGCGAGUGUCGCGGCUCUACGAGGUGAUACUCUUCACAGCCAGCAAAAGAGUGUACGCGGACAGGUUAUUGAAUCUACUGGAUCCGCAUCGCCGCUGGAUCAAGUAUAGGUUGUUCAGGGAGCAUUGUCUUCUCGUGAACGGGAACUACGUGAAGGAUCUCUCAAUACUCGGCCGUGAUUUGAGAAAGACUGUCAUUGUUGACAACAGUCCGCAGGCGUUUGGGUAUCAGCUAGAGAAUGGUAUACCUAUAGACAGCUGGUUUGUGGACCGAAGCGACAACGAGCUGCUCAAGCUACUGCCCUUCCUUGAGACCUUGGCUACUAAGGACGACGUGCGUCCCUACAUCCGUGAUAAGUACAAGCUGUUCAGUUACCUUCCGCCCGACUAACUUAAAACGUAGAACAGUACAUGAGUUCCUGUAGGAAACUGUUGGGUUUGGUGCACUUGUUUUAAGGUUAUUAUCAUUUAAUUAGGACAGGAAAUUGUUCCACUUGUCUUCAAAUUUUCUGUACAUAUUAUUACUUGUCGUACUCUUGCAAUAUUUACACCGAAAUAUAGCAUUUAAAAACAAUUUCUACCACAUUUUUUUUAUAUAAAUAAUGUACUUUUUAAGGGAUUUAUAAAGUUAAGUAAAGCUUUCGAAAGAAACGUUUUUCAAAAUAGUGAAGUCUAAUUUCAGUUAUUGGUGUUUAUUCUGUAAAGAUUAUGUUAUUAAAAUAUGUGAUACUGAAAGUGAAUGUAUAUUAAUAUUAUAUUUUAUUUAUUCCAAGCCGGAUAAGGCGAUUGUAUUUACAAGUAAGAGUUAUUUAUAAAUUAUAUCAAGUAUAACAUCCGCCUUCAGUGUCAAUAACAUGUUUCAUUUGAUUAUGAGCUACAUUAAUGUAUCACGAUUUAUUUUUCUAAUUUCUUUUAUGAGAAGUACAAUUAUUAAGUUGAGUACUGACUUAACUUUCUUCUACUAAUAUUUACGAUUUUAGUAUAGGAAUAUACAGUAUGACAGAUAAAACAUUAAUGAUAUUUAAGCAGAGUAAUCGGUUAAAUUGAUUCACAUUCUAAUAACGUAAUGAAAAUUGAUACAUGACCGUUGAGUGCGCAACUCUUUCGUUAGUUGAGCGCAAGCGCCGACAGGUCCCAGUCCGCCUACUUCCGCGCAGUGCGAUUAGCGUGUAAUUUGCGCCAAUUCGCGUUGAGUAAUUAAUAAUGACUUAAUUUUCGGUUAAAUUUUCUAACUAUAUACCGACAACUUCGUGAGUGAUAGUCCCAGUGAAGCAUCGAGUAGGCUGCCAUAAAAUUAUACUUGCAUAAACACAUAUUUUUUUUUAAUAAUUUAUGCCGAAAGACAACAUAAAGUGUUCGCUUUAUAGCGUCAAAUUGUUGUUGUAAUAAAUAUUAUCUCAUUUUAAGUAACAUUUAAGUGACAUCAUUGCGAUUUAAUCAGUUGAUUUGACGUCAACCUAAUAGAUAGCUCUAAUCACGUCGUGGUACGAAAUAGCAAAGCAAUUCAUUUUAGGUUAUCAAUUGAAUCGCAAUAAGAGUUCAUGGUUGGCCUCCAGGAAUAGGUAAAGAAACGGAACGCAAUUGUUGUCUGCUGUCAUUUUUCUGUCAUCAUAAAAUCUAAAUCUUCCGAAUAUAAUCAAUCCGUUAGACACACCUUAGACGAGCUUCGGCUAGUGUUUAAAUAUAAGCAAUGUCUAUAGAUUGUUUAACGCUAAACAAAAGAAAGACACAGAUCUGUAAUAGAACUUUUUUAAAACAAGUGUUCAACAAACUCUUUUUUGUAAUAACACCGUAAGUGCAAAAAAUCUUCGAGAGCCAAUCUAAGUAAGCGUCGUAUAAGAUUUUUUAAACUGUAAGCACUUGAGACUUGUUUUAUGAGACAGUGUGCCACUAUCAUUGGUGAUAACUAAAAAAUUAUAAGUUUUUUUUGUUUUUACUAUAAUAAUGUUUAUUUGUUUGGUUGUAUGUUCUAUUAUCGACAUUAGAAAGUAUUAUAUUUGGUAUAUAUAUGUUUUAUAUUUUACGUUCUACUUUUUUCUCUACUGUCCGGUGGCUUGAUGGAUAUUAAUUGUAUAAAUAUAUUUUGAUUAUUUUUGGGUGAAUAGAAAGUCAUGUUAAAAAUAUGGCAUUAUGUGCAGAUGUAAAACAAAAAUUUUGCGGGCCAAUAAUUUUUGUUGCAUCGAUAAACACGAGCAUAUUAUUAUGUUAAAGUAAGUUUUUGGGUGUUUUGAGGUGAAACUUCAAUCGAUGUAUGAGUCGUCACGAUUUGCGGUUACGCGCCAUUUUGUUUUUUCCCAUCGAAGUUCAGUAUAGGGACGUAAAGAAUAAUAUAUUAGUUUGAAAGGGUAACAUAAAAAAGACUUAUUUGUAUGCAUAUCUAUAAUAUAAAAAUAGCUUUAAUUUAAUACGGUUUUUUUCUUAAGCCUUAUCUACACAUUUUCAUUAUGUCAAAAAGAAGUUUCACAUCUUACCUGGGUACUGUUUACACACAUAUUUACUUUUCUAAAUUUAAAUAAUGUUUUUUUAAAACAAAAUAUAAUAUCCGAUUUUAGUUAUUAUUAUUACUAUUAGCACUUAGUACGACUUGUUUUUUUUUUAAUUUCUCCGAUACGUCAUCCUUAUGGGAAUAAUUGAGGAAAUGUGUGUGUAAUUGACAGUUUGAGAAGUGAUAGUAUAGGGACUGAUGACAUCAAGAGAACAAAUAUUUAUUUUUUAUUGGUAAAACUGUGGCAUAUCUGAGGACCUAUAUAGAAUUUAUACAGACGUAUACAAGUGAUGUAUUCUAUGAAGUUAUUAGUCCUGUUUGAAUGAUAGGUCCAUGGGACUAUACCGUUCUCAACGAGCCGGGGUCACGUAGCAGCGGAAUGCUUUGACUGGGACUACCCACAUUGUAAGACAAUAAGUCUCAUUUGCCCAAAAAUUUCAGUAGUCUUUAUAUCACACCAGUGUAAGAGAGACGCGAUGCCUCUGUCGGACAGUCGUGAAACAAGUUCCUAAUUAUCUGUGAUUUGAAUUUUUAUAUUUUUUUUUAAAUUAUUUAUUUUUCGUGUAAUAUUCACGAGAAAUGUCGAUUUAUCAUUUUUUUGAAAAUUUAUAUUUUUGUUUGUAACUAUUUUGGUCACGACUGUACCACGAAUUUUUGUGUUGUUGACAUUGUUAGAUCUUCCGGAGUUUUUAUAUAAUUUUGUGUUUAAGUUAGAAUUAAGCAAAAUAUGCAAGAUGGUACGAAUAAGUGUUUACGACUUUCGUGAGUCAUUAUUAAAUUAUUUAUUAAUACGGCUUUACUCACGUUUUGUCUUUGUGUCUCGCAAGCUGCUAGAAGCCGAAUUGACCGUUGACCUAAUUUUAAUAGAGACAAAGGUUGGGCUCUGCCAACAACUUGGAAACCAGUGCUACAAAACGGGUCUCGCAAUAAGACCCAUAGUGCCGAUGAUCACGUAGCGGACAUUGUGAGUACAUACACCAAUAGUGAUACAGUGUCAGUGAUACUGUGCUUGUCAUAACGCCGCCCCCCCCCCAUUCCCCGCCCUGUCCAGCCGCGCAAUACGAGCCCAAGUCCGCAGUAAGAGGUGGGACGUUAUCGCGAACCCACCACACUCACCCCGAUGAAGGACCUCCGAAUGGUCCGAAACUAGUCGAUACCGACACCGACAAAAACGUGAGAAAAGACGUAUUAAUGAAUAAAAUUAAUUAAUGAUCCUUUUAUUAAGGAUUUUAAGGCUGGGUUGCAUCAUAUUAGCUGUUUUAGUUAAGGUUUAAGUAAAUUUUAACAUUAACAGUUAACUUUAAUAUAGACUGCGGAAUUAUUAUGGUUAAAGUUAAAAAGUGACAGGUCGCUAUUUAGCUAUUUAACAUUAACGAUAGCUUUAACCGGCGAAGAUUGGAAGUUAACAGUUAACGUUAUGGCGUCAUCUAAAAAUUGUCAAAUAGUGUAACACAUUUUUUGCUUAACCGGUACUUUAACAUUAUUAUAGCUAAAGUUAGAGGUGCAACCCAGUUUAAUAAUAAGUUCUACCAACGUGAGCCUCUCAGCUCCGUCUCGCUAUCACUAGCAUUAUUCCCUUAGUGAACAAUAUCCCAUUCUUACCAUUUAAGUAAUUUAAUACGCGUAAUAUCUGGCUAUGUAGUCAUAAUGUUGUACAUAGAAAAUAUAUAUAUUCAAUACGCGUAUUCUCAUAGUAAUAGCAAUAACGCUAUACAGUGUGUUGCAACAAUGGCGACAUUUAUACACGGGUUUAAACACACUACUUGACCGUAAUAAAAAAAUGACCAAAUUUAAUUUGUACCAAAAUAUGGAUAAUUGUAUUUUUUUCAUAAAAAUGAGGGUUAUGACUUAUACAUCUCAAGUAAAUUUGACAGAGCAACCUGUGACUUAACAAGAUAUACUAAAAUUUCGGUCGAUGCGUCGCUCGGAUGGUAUAUUCAGUUAGUAAGAACGCUCGGAGUAACACUGAAAUUAAAUUUGUAUAAUUAAUCCCAGAAGCAAGAGAUAUCAAAAUAACAAACUGUUAAGAGAUUUAAAAAAUAAAAAUUCACAAUAUUUUAAUAAAUCAAGUUUCCAUAAUAUCAUUUCGGAACGCCCUGUAAGUAAUCUAGUCGACGCGCGCUAGCGUAGGCACCAACACCUACUUUGUGCCUAUUUGUGCGACCACGUGAUUUUAAUUUUAUUACCUUAUUAUAUAAUUUGUUUAUUUGAGCAUUUCAAUUUUUUACUUUAAAUUUUUAUAUUAAUAUUUUUAUGUUUAAUGUUACCUCUACUCGUGUGUUUAUUUGUACCAGUUGGAGGCUCCUUUGCAAAGGAUGCCGGCUAGGUUAUCGGUACCACAAUGGCGCCUAUUUCUGUCGUGAAGCAGUAAUGUAUAAACAAUAUUGUUUCGGUCUGAAGGGUGCCGUAGCUAGUGAAAUUACUAGGCAAAUGAGAUUUAACAUCUUAUGUCUCAAGGUGGCGAGUGCAAUUGUAGUGCCGCUCAGAAUUUUUGGGUUUUUCAAGAAUCCGGAGCGGCACUGCAUUGUAAUGCUCAAGGCGUAUAAAUUACCUUGGCUGAACGUUCUGCUCGUCUCGUCCCUUAAUUUCAUAAAAACGAAAAGAUUUAAUCUCGCCAUUUUAGCUCCACGUAGCUAUAACGCCGACUUUAAAGAAACACGCGGGUUUAUAGCCUAAGCUUAAAAAAAAUCUAAAAUUGAAAAUUAAUAAUUAAUAAUUAAAAUUUUCAAACAAACAAAUAUGUUUAGGAAACAAAAUUUUUAUCACCUUACGUGGUCGCAUAAGACGGCAUGAAGUAGGUUUCAGUAUCUCCGCUAGCGCGCGGCUACUAGAUUUCUUACAGGAUGUUCCAAAAUGACAUUAUUGAAAAUUGAUUUAUUUAGGUGAAUUAUGUAUUUUAUUUGUGAAUAUUUUUUUUAAGAUUACGGUUAAGUACCAGUUCUACCAGUCUGUUUAUUUGAUGUCGCCAUUUUAGCUCCACGGUGUAUCUAUAUAUAUAUUUUAAACGUUGUUUAUGUGUAAGGUAUAAUUUUGAAUGGCGGCGAUGGUUAGGAAAAUCUUGAAAUUUUCUGAAAAAGACUGAAAAUUUGCUUGCUAUUUACAGUGUCAAUGUGUUUAAAUAGCGAAGGAUUCGCUGAUUCGAUACUCGUAUGUAUGUUUUCGUGUUUUUUAUGGUUGAAUUAAAGGGUUGUGCUUUUUUAGUGUCAUAUGUUCACAAAUAACGAAAGACAGUGGUGUUUGCGGGAGUAAAAGAGAAGAGAAAUCGGUCGCACUCGUCUGUCGUCAUUCUAUGUCUGAGAUCUAUAGCGUACUUAGACUUUGCCCGAAUUUUACUUAGGUUUAGCAUAAUCUUUGAUUUCCUUUUGCUCUUAGAUAAGAUAUACAUCUAGAUGGCGCCUAUUGCUGCUAGACAAGCGAUGAAAACAGGCCAGGCGUGACAAUCUUCAUCUUACACACCCGCGACAAAUUGCACAGAAAUAGCUCGCCUAAGAAUUCGCCUCUGAUAUUUAAUAUUAAAACAUUUUGAAGAAAUUAUCAAUUUUCUUAUAUUAUUUUUUUUAAUAUUCACUUAAUAUUUAUUUUUUCGCGGUAUGCUUCCACUCGCGCGCCGUAUUCGUGUAAAAUUAAUAAUAUUAUAAAAGAUCUAUUUUUUCGUAGGUAAUAGUUAUUUAUGCAACUGUUGUGUAAUAAGGGGUAUUAAAACACUAAUGUGAUAAUAGUAUCACAUGAGUGUUUUAAUACCUAAUUAUCAACAGUUGCAUACAAGACUUUAUCUACACCCAGAAUAUGAAUCCUCUAAAAGAUUCUGGAACAGUUAGCUUACUGCUAACAUUAAAACACCAGUCCUGGUAGUAACCUAAUAUCAUUCAUAACCUACUGAUUAUAUACAAAUAAACUAAGUAUUAAUGAAACAAUUAUAUAUUUUGUAGUAAUUUACAUUUUGUAUAGUGCAAUAAUUGAAAUUCACUCGAGUAUAAUGUUCUUUUACAGCGUUUGAAAUGAAUCGCUCAUUUUUUGUAAUCAAAACAAUAAAAAUAUCGAAGAAAAAUGGCGGGGAUUCGAAUAACGUACUUUUUUUUACGGCGCGCGACGUUCUGGUAGGGUGGAACGCGCGUAAACGAAAAUGUUCUUUUUUUGAAAUUCAUACAGAUACCACGCAUCGAGCAAUAAGAAUGUGGCUGUCUGUUGAAACUCUUUGCGCAUGAAGGGAUCGAAAAAUAAACAGGAGUGUUGUUAUGAAAUUCAGUACAACAUUAUAACACUCGUUUGGAUGAUGUAAUGGUUAUUAGAACAUUAGGUGUUUUAAUGUUGGCAACUGUUUCAGAAUCUUUAAUAGAGGAUUUAAAGCAUGGGUGUAGAUAAAUGUAUUUAAAAUCGUAUGAAUCGUGUGUAUUAUUCAUUACACUCUCGAAUUUCUUAUAGCGCUCGCCUGAGCGUAAAAUACCGCCUCGAGUGCAACGAACAACUUAAAGCAUAAUAUAAAAUUGUUGUAUUAUUUGUAAUUUUUUUAUAUGUUUUAUUUCUAUCAGUUGGUCGGUUGUUGGUUUGUAUUGAGCAAAUUACGAAAUGGGAGUAAAAAAUAUAUAUACUUUAAUAUAAUUAUUUACUAUCUGUAAUUAUUCAUAUUCAUAUUAUUAUAUAGAAUGUUAUUUAGUUUUAUUUCAUUACGUCACCCAAAUUAAAUUAAAAAGCUAAUAUAACUGGUUGGCCCUACACAGGGUCACUAGUAAGUUAAAUUUAUAACAUCAAAGGAGUGACAAAGUAACACAUACAAAAUGGUGGCCUGUCCCAUUAGCAACGUUCGGGGUUUAAAGAGGAUUCAUUUAUAAUGCAUAUAGGAUGCGAAACCCACACAUUUACUGUAAAUUUGUAAAUAAAAUACGAUCAUUUAAUCAACAUUUGAUAUAAUUUUAAGAAAUAUUAAACUAUGUUACCAAUUAAAACAGAGGUCCCGAUAAUAAUAUGGUCGAUUGAGACGUAAACAACUCCCCUCGCUUUAGAUACAGUCGCUAAUUAGAUUGUUAAAUAUAGUAAUAAGCUGGAUGAUUGAUUUAUGUAAUCCCCUUAAGAACUCCGAAAUAAAUUAAAUUUGUAACCAAAAUUUAUGAACGAUGCGGAAAGUAGAUCCUAAAAUAGUGCCACAACCUGAGAGUUGAAUAAGACAUACCAAGAUUUACGAACCACUCGAACGGUUGGUUCAGUUGGAAGAGCGCUCGGACGAAAUCCGAGAGGUCGCAGGUUCGGGUCCCGCAUCAUUUGGUUACAAAAUUAAUUUAUUUUAUCGAAGAAGUUAAGAAGAAGGGAUAUCACUUUAAAAAUUACAAAUUGUUUAAAUCCGAAAGAAGUUACUGUAAUAGCCUAAGUAUAAUAAGUUAAUAUAGAACCUAAGCUAAGUUAGCUAGUUAUAAAUCGUAGCUAGAACUGUGUAGAAUUAUCUAGUAUGCAUUGUUGUUGAUAAUAUAAUCGUUUAUUGUAUUAAAAUUAUUUAAAUGAAA